CUCGUGCGUUAGGGGGACAUUUCCAAAGGCUCUGAGGAAAGGAGAGAGAGUAGGAGUCCUGACCAGCGCCCCUUCCCUGCCCCGGGGUGCGUGUAAGCAGCGGCACGUGAACGCAGAUUUGGGGGACACGCCCACGCCCCUUCGCACGGGGACCGCACAGCGUAGGGCGACGGGCGGAGCCGCGGGACGGUGGCUAGACAGGGUGAUCCGACUGCAUUCCUGACCGGUGUGUCAGCGCUGAUUCCCGCCCCCUUGCCGAGAUUUCGGAUCCUACUUUAGAACUGGGGCGCCCACCUUCUCAGUGAGCCAGCGGCUGCUCAGAGAGGAGGAGGGUCAGGGGAAGAGGACGUGUUGCCUCCUCCGGGGAUCGCCAGACAGUACCCGCGCGUGGGCGAGACACCCGGGCCCUGCCCCUGCGGGCUCCGGGACUACAAUUCCCAGAGGACGCGAGGCUGGGAGGUGCCCGACGUCGGUCGUGGAAGCUGCUGGGAAUCGUAGUCCCAGCCUCCAACUUUGGGAGCCGUUGGUGGGAAAUUCUGUAAAGAUCCCAACCACCCUUUUUACCGACGGAGAGAUUGAGGCUCAGAGACCCGAGGGGAUACUGAUUUUAGCGAGGCCCUCUUCUCGCCUUGGGGGCGGGAUUUGUGAGUCUCCCCCAGCCUCUAUAUCCUUCUACCUCUUUGGUGGCGUCCAAAUCUUCUUUCAAGAAGGGGGAAACUGAGCCUGGAGGAGUGGGGCAGGGACCCAGGAGUUCGUCUCCUGCACCCACAGCGAGGCGCCCCGCUGCGGCCAGCCGGCACCAUGGACAGCGAGGCGUUCCAGAGCUCGCGGAACCUUCUGGACCUGAACUUACAGUCUCUAGCCACGAAGCACAUGGACCUGAAGCAGGUGGAGCUGGACAUGGCGACGGCCAAGGUGGACGAACUGACCAAGCAGUUGGAGUCGCUGUGGUCAGACUCGCCGGCGGCGCCUCUUGGCUCGCAGGCCAGAGCGCCGGCUAGGCUGUCCCGGUACAGCCUCAGCCCUGUCCCCGAGCCCUUGGGCAGCCGCGGGUCCCCCUGGAAGGCAAUCACCGACGGCGCAGACACCUCGUUCAGACGCGCCGAGAGCGCCCCGGCUCAGCUCCCCUACAGCUCGCUGUCCCCUAAGGGCCGGCCGUCGUCACCGCGCACCCAGCUCUACCUGCAGCCGGAUGCCUACGGCAGCCCGGACCGCGCGCCCUCGCCCCGGCCCCGCGCCUUCGAUGGAGCAGGCAGCCCCCUCGGCCGUGCGCCUUCCCCUCGCCCCGGCCCGCUCCGACAGCAGGGUCCCCCCACGCCCUUUGACUUCUUGGGCCGUGUCCGCUCUCCCCGUGUCAGCCCCCUGGCCGAAGGGCCCCAGGCCUUCUUUCCCGAGCGCGGGCCCUCGCCUCGCGCCCCGACCGCAGCCUACGAUGCGCCGACUGCCUUUGGGAGCCCCCUGCUGGGCCCUGGCGUCAGCGCCUUCGCCCCACCUCUGCGCGCGCAAGACGACCUAACGCUUCGGCGGCGGUCCCCCAAAGCCUGGAACGAGUCUGACCUGGACGUGGCGUACGAGAAGAAGUCCUCGCAGACAGCGAGCUAUGAACGACCCGAUGUCUUCGCGCGGCCUGCUUCACCAGGCCUGCAGCUGUUACCCUGGAGAGAGAGCAGCCUGGAUGGGCUGGGGGCCACCAGGAAGGACAACUUCACCAGCGCCACUCUGCCCCGCAAUUACAAGGUCUUCCCUCUGGCCAACGACAGGCGUUCUGAUGUGGACAGCUACCGCCGAUCGCUGGGCUCCGCGGGGUCAUCAGGCACUUUGCCCCGAAGCUGGCAGCCUGUCAGCCGCAUUCCCAUGCCUCCUUCCAGCCCCCAGCCCCGAAGUGCCCCCCGCCAGCGCCCCAUCCCCCUCAGCAUGAUAUUCAAGCUGCAGAAUGCCUUUUGGGAGCACGGAGCCAGCAGGGCCAUGCUCCCUGGCUCCCCCAUCUUCUCUCGAGCUCCCCCGCCUAAGCUGCUUCUCCAGCCCCAGCUGCCUCCACAGUCCCAGCCACAGCUACAGCUUCAAGCCCUUGCCCCAGUCCCCCAACCCCCUCAAGAGACUUGGUCCCCUGUGAGUGAAGGCCUCCCCAAACCUCCCACUGAGCUGGAGCCUGAGCCGGAGCUGGAGGGGCUGCUGACGUCAGGGCUGGAGGCUGGUGAUGCAGAUGAAGACGCUGUAACUCGGCCCCUUAGUCCCACACGGCUGCAGCCAGCGCUGCCACCCGAGGCACAGUCAGUGCCCGAGCUGGAGGAGGUGGCACGGGUGCUGGCAGAAAUUCCACGGCCCCUCAAACGCAGGGGCUCCAUGGAGCAGAGCCCUAUUGUAGCCCUGCCCCCCACCCACAAGAAGCAGUACCAGCAGAUCAUCAACCGCCUCUUCCAUCGUCACGGUGGGCCUGGGAGGCCCGAGCCUGAGCUGUGUCCCAUCGCUGAGGGACCUGAGGCCAGGGCAGGGCCCCCUGCUCCAGCCCCACCAGCUCCCAUACCACCCCUAGCCCUUCUCCAGAGCAGCCCACCAGAGCAGCCACAGAGCAUGGAGAUGCGCUCCGUGCUGCGGAAGGCCGGCUCCCCGCGCAAGGUCCGUCGCGCACGCCUCAGCCCGCUCGUGCUGCUGCUGGACGCCGCGCUGACCGGGGAGCUGGACGUGGUGCAGCAGGCGGUGAAGGAGAUGAACGACCCGAGCCAGCCCAACGAGGAGGGCAUCACCGCCCUGCAUAACGCCAUCUGCGGCGCCAACUACCCCAUCGUGGACUUCCUCAUCGCGGCGGGUGCCAACGUCAACUCCCCCGACAGCCACGGCUGGACACCGUUGCACUGCGCGGCGUCGUGCAACGACACGGCCAUCUGCAUGGCGCUGGUGCAGCACGGUGCGGCAAUCUUCGCCACCACGCUCAGUGACGGCGCCACCGCCAUCGAGAAGUGCGACCCCUACCGCGAGGGUUACACCGACUGUGCCACUUACCUGGCAGACGUGGAGCAGAGCAUGGGGCUGAUGUACAACGGGGUGGUGUACGCUCUCUGGGAUUACAGCGCUGAGUUUGGAGACGAGCUGUCCUUCCGCGACGGCGAGUCGGUCACCGUGCUGCGGAGGGAUGGGCCAGAGGAGACGGACUGGUGGUGGGCCACGCUGCACGGCCAGGAGGGCUACGUGCCCCGUAACUACUUCGGGCUCUUCCCCAGGGUGAAGCCUCAGAAGAAUAAGGUCUAGCUGGAGAGAAGGACUUUUCGAAGGGAUACAGGAGAAAGCAGCAGCUGCCUUCAUUCCAGAACUCCUCCUCCCUUACUGCUGCAUCUCUCUGCGCCCCCAAAUCCUUGCAGGGGCGAGGUCCUUGCCGACACCUCUCUGCUUCCCUGGAAGCCCUGGGGAGAAGGAGAACCCCAGCUUUAAAUUUAGAAAACUGCCUUAGCUGUGGGAGGUCGUGGUGAGGCUGGGAAUCAUUGGGAGCAAGAGAGACCCCCCCCCAAUUGCCAAGUCACAUCCUGUCCAAAGUGCCUCGUGCUCCUACUGCCCACCCCCCCCCCCGCCCCCCAAAAGCAAGGCAACCCACCAUCCCAGCGGAGCCUGGAGUGGGUCACCGCCAUUGGAUUUUCCCAGGAGUCACCUCUGCCACUAUCUCUACCAAUAGCCUUCAGGGGCCAGGUGAGGCAUAUUAGUCUCUAUCAGCAUCCCUGCCCCCUCUCUCCCCAGUCAAGUGCCUUUACACAGUGCCAGUUUUAUAACAAAAUGGGGACGUUCUUCAUUAUAAAUAAAGGUAGUUUGCACAGAAA